ACUUUCUUCUCCACGGUUCAGGUUCUCAAGCUAUGUUGGGAAAAAAGGACGAAAAAGAGUCGGAGCCGAGAAGUGAAUUUUACUCUGAAGCUUGUGGAGCGUCGCGCUGUGACGUCACGGCCGGCGUCUCCGCCAUCUUAGUUGUGGUUAAAUAGGUGGCCACUUCGGAAGCGGCUGCUUGUGUGCUGCCGGUUAGAUGCUCAGGCUAUGUGGGCUUGGCGUGGUGCUGAGCCUGGUCGCGGCGGCGGCGGCGGUCAUGGCCGUGUGGUUGAUGGACUGGUGGGGUCUAGAGGGUCCCCCCUCUGGCCUUCGCCUCUUCGUACCCGAGGAGCUAGCCCGCUAUCGCGGUGGCCCAGGGGACCCGGGUCUGUACUUGGCGUUGCUCGGCCGCGUCUACGACGUGUCCUCAGGCCGGAGGCACUACGAGCCUGGGGCACACUAUAGCGGCUUCGCAGGCCGGGAUGCAUCCAGAGCCUUUGUGACAGGAGACUAUUCUGAAGCUGGCCUCGUGGAUGAUGUCACUGGCUUGUCCUCCUCUGAGAUACUGAUACUUCACAAUUGGCUUUCAUUCUACGAGAAAAAUUAUGUAUUUGUCGAUACCAUGUCUAAUAUUCAGCAAGAUAGACUCAUCCCGUGCCAUACAAAGCCCUGUGUACCCAAAAAGUUUUGUGGGAGAUUGGUAGGAAGGUUCUACAGAGAGGAUGGGCUGCCCACUUCAGAACUAACACAGGUAGAGGCCAUGGUAACUAAAGGCAUGGAGGCAAAUGAACAGCAACGGAGAGAAAAGCACAAGUUCCCUCCAUGUAAUGCCGAGUGGAGCUCCACCAAGGGUAGCCGAGUCUGGUGCUCCCAAAAGAGUGGAGGUGUGAACAGAGACUGGAUUGGUGUCCCCAGGAAGAUGUAUAAGCCAGGGGCCAAAGAGCCCCACUGUGUGUGUGUGAGAACAACUGGCCCCCCUAGUGACCAGCAAGACAACCCUAGACACUCAAAUCGUGGGGACUUGGACAAUCCCAACUUGGAAGAAUACACAGGCUGCUCACCUCUGGCCAUGGCGUGUUCCUUCCCGCUCUGAGAUGGUGUCCUGUGUGUUGAUGACACGUGGAGAACCUUCCCUACAUCUCCAGGAAGCCCUUAAUGCUUAUGCUGUAGGAGGCACCUGGCACGAAAAUAGGAGGGUCACAGACGCCAGCCUCACUCUGCAAACGUGUGUUACGAUUCUAUUGACUGAGACAAGAGCCUGAUAGCCUGCCUGGUAUGUCACUGUUUGGAACCUUGGUCCCCUGUCAUCUUCCUUCAGAGCCUGCAGACAUUCAUGAACACAGUGUGAUCAACAUAGAACUGCCUGGAUAGAGAGCCUGUGAGCUCCAGCAAGGGACUUCGCAUGAACUCAUUGCUGCCCUAACCAGAGCUUGUGCUCUUCCCAUCGUGCCAGUCCUGCUGGUACUUGGAGCUAUAGCAGAAGAAGACUGUUGUGACUCUCAACAGAGGAGCAGGCAUUUCCCAAGAAGCUGUGCAUCUUGCAGAAUCAAGGUAACUGUUCUAAGUCACAAGGUAAUUGUCUAAGCUUGCAAAAUAGUCAACUUUAGUGACAUUUCUAAAACCUCUACUCCAAGGAAAACUUAAAUUUACUGACUCCAUCAGAACUGGGAUGGUACGGUGAGAUGUGAAAAUACACUGGGAUGGGCUGAUUCUGGGAUAGGUAACUUUUUCCUUACACAGACAGAGCACACCCAGAUUUCCCCUGCCCAAGUGUGCAUUAAACAGCUCCCUUCCCUCA